AUGAGAUCUCCCCCACGGCACGAACUCGAGGCAGGCUCCAACCCACGAAGCUCUCCCCCACGGCACGAACCCGAGGCAGGCUCCAACCCACGAAGCUCUCCCCCACGGCAUGAACCCGAGGGAGGCUUCAACCCACGAAGCUCUCCCCCACGGCACGAACCCGAGGCAGGCUUCAACCCACGAAGCUCUCCCCCACGGCAUGAACCCGAGGCAGGCUCCAACCCACGAAGCUCUCCCCCACGGCAUGAACCCGAGGCAGGCUCCAACCCACGAAGCUCUCCCCCACGGCAUGAACCCGAGGCAGGCUCCAACCCACGAAGCUCUCCCCCACGGCACGAACCCGAGGCAGGCUCCAACCCACGAAGCUCUCCCCCACGGCACGGACCCGAGGCAGGCUCCAACCCACGAAGCUCUCCCCCACGGCACGGACCCGAGGCAGGCUCCAACCCACGAAGCUCUCCCCCACGGCACGAACCCGAGGCAGGCUCCAACCCACGAAGCUCUCCCCCACGGCACGGACCCGAGGCAGGCUCCAACCCACGAAGCUCUCCCCCACGGCACGGACCCGAGGCAGGCUCCAACCCACGAAGCUCUCCCCCACGGCACGAACCCGAGGAAGGCUCCAACCUUUUUUUCAAGUUCCCAGUUGUCAUAAAAGCACCAUAA